UACAAAUUGUCAUUGUUAAACCUGAAAGAUAAAUCAGCUGUAGUAAAGUCUGGACCUGCUGAACUUCAAUUGUGCAUCAAAAGACUGCCACAGGUGGCUGCACAGCUAUUGCCUACUCAAUAAUGCAUUGAGUCAAGCGUAGGAAUGAGAGGGAGGAGAAAGUGUGUGGCACUGUGAUCCUUUUCAACGGAUGGAUGUCAAUUACCAGGAGAAAGUGGGAGCCAUUUCCCUUGGAUGCUCGGGGUAGCAAAAAAAGUACACUUUGGAAGAUUUGAAUUCUGAUCAAGAGAAAGACUUCAAUCAUGGUUAACACUGGCAUGCAACUCAUCAGCUUCACUUGCGCCGUCACCGGCUGGAUCAUGGCGAUAGCGGUCACGGCCCUGCCUCAAUGGAAAGUGUCGGCCUUUAUCGGCAGCAACAUCCUGACGUCAGAAAUCAAGUGGGAGGGCAUCUGGAUGAGCUGCAUUUACCAGACCACCGGUCACAUGCAAUGCAAGACGUACGACUCCCUGCUGGCCUUGCCUCCUGACAUCCAAGCUGCACGUGCCCUUAUGUGUUUGGCUAUCUUCUUGGGCUGGCUCUCCUGUACCGUGUCCUGCUGCGGAAUGAAGUGCACCACCUGCGCUGGAGAUGAUCGCCAAGCAAAAGCGGGCAUCGCGCUUUCCGGGGGGAUUCUUUUCAUCCUGACCGGCUUGUGCGUUCUCGUUCCCGUUUCCUGGACGGCUAACACGGUCAUUCAGGAUUUCUACAACCCCAACGUGCCCGUGAUGCAUAAACGAGAGCUCGGCCAGGCUAUUUAUCUGGGUUGGGCCGCUGCGGUUAUUUUGAUGAUUAGCGGAGCUGUGCUUAGUAGCACGUGCCCCCUGGCGGAGAGGGGAGGCAGGUACCGGAGGGGGUACGUGGGUCGCAGCUUUGCUAAUUCACCUGUUUCUGCACCCAAUUUGCCCAAAACCAUCACAUCUACAAGUCUCCCACUUAAGGAGUAUGUGUAAUGAGAUAAUGACAAAAGAAGCUAUUCAAUUAUUUAUGUCAACAUUCAGUGUAUUUAUUUGUAUUUAAACUUGUGGUCUGUAU